AUGUCAUGCACAUAUCUCCACCAUCUUCCCACACUCUCCCCUCUCCCUCGACUUCACGAACCAUUCAUAUUUCCCUCAGUUCCUGUCAACAACACCGCGCUGCUUUGCCCAACCAAUAUCACGCAGCAAUUUACGGACAUUGAAGAGCCGGUUGACGUGGGAGCCUCCAGUAAGUACCUGAAGUGCCAAGGAGGGAAGAAAUGGCUGUCAGGACGCGACCAUAACUUCGUGCACUGCGAAGAUGGAGCUUGGACAACUGUAAGCGAUGUGUGUGACAAAGAGUGCGGAGUCCCUAUUGACUGCCCCGUGCUGAGUGGCAUGGGAGCACAUUUGAGUGGCUACUACAACAUCACACCAAAGGGAGAUCCAGACGAGCCUUCUGUGCAGGUCUAUUGUCGCCAGAGCAUCGCUAAGGCAGACUCAGGCUGGACAAGAAUAUUUGCAACGGGCCUCCUUGGGCAGGUCUUGGAUAUGAUCACGUUAUCAGCUCUUCACUGGGAUGAAAAUGGUGCAAAACCCUUGGUUGUUCAGAUAAACCUUCAUUCAUCACAUGAGUUCUAUGAAGCGACGUACGAUGACGUAAUCAUUGGCAAGGACCCGCCGUGGACUCUUCUGGAAGUGGGGACUUACCAUGGCGACGCAGGAGACUGUUUUCGCUUCAACAUUGGCGGGUCAUUCCACAAUGACGCCGACCUAGGAUGGGUGACUAAUGACACGAGAGCAAUGCGGGUUACCUCGACCACCGUAGAAUGGCCGACAAUAGAAGAGGAAGUGCAAUAUAUCGAAUUUUAUUUUAGGCCUCAGGAAUUCGAUAGAAGUAAGUCUCUUCCCGUUUUCUGUUAG